AUGAAUGGGACACAAGUGACCAUGUUUGUGUUCUCUGGACUGACAGAUAAUGAGAAGAUCCUCCCAUUUCUCUUCAUUUUCUUCUCACUUGUGUAUGUUAUGGCUAUUAUAGGUAACAUUGGCAUUAUAGCUCUGGUGUACAACAUCUCCAGACUCCACUCACCCUUGUACUACUUCUUAAGUUUCCUCUCUCUAAUAGACAUCUUCUAUGCCUCCAUCAUUACUCCAAAAAUGAUUUUUGAUCUUCUUUCCUCAAAGAAGGUCAUCUCAUUUAAUGCUUGCGCCCUUCAGUUCUUUUUCUAUGCAGCUCUGGGAGGAAGUGAAAAUUUUCUUCUCUCCACCAUGUCCUAUGACCGCUAUGUUGCCAUCUGUCACCCCCUCCAUUAUAUGUCUAUAAUGACUAAGAAGAAAUGUCUGUGUCUUGUGUCUGUUGCUUUCUCAGUCGGCUUUUUCCAGUCUUCAGUACAGACCAGCUGUACGUUUAGUCUCCAGUUUUGUGGAUCCAACCUCAUUGACCACUUCUAUUGUGACAUCCCACCCCUGCUCAAACUGUCCUGCUCUGAAACCUUCUACUGUACUAUGGUGACCAUAUAUAUCGUGGGUAUAGGCACUAUCAUUCCAUUUCUGACUAUCAUAUUUUCAUACAUAUUUAUCCUUUCUUCAAUUUUACGCAUGACAUCUUCUGAGGUCAGGAAGAAAGCCUUCAGCACGUGCUCCUCACAUCUCAUGUGUGUUUCUGUCUUUUAUGUGACAGUUUUCUUCAACUACUUACGUCCUCCUUCUAGUGUCUUCACAAGUCAAGACAAGGUGGCUUCAAUCUUCUAUGCAGUGGUGACCCCGAUGCUAAAUCCACUUGUAUACACCCUGAGGAACCAAGAAAUAAAAAGAAGCAUCGGGCAAAUAAUGUGCAAUCCCACUUCAGCAGAUGGAGUUUCUUCAGUCAUUAGACACAGGUUGGGGACCUAUGGAAAAUGA